AUGACGUUUCCAUGGAAACAGCUUCUACUGUUAUCAAUCAUCGACUGUCUGGCAGAUUGUCUAGACAGCGGAUCAUAUCAUGGUCCGAGAUGGCGGAUGGAGCCAGGUGACUUAUUUAUUCCUGUAGACUCCAUCGAGGAAGAGGCUACUCUGACUUGUGAUGCUAAGGGACCCACACCUCUUCAGUACAGAUGGUCAUUGAAUGGGACUCUCAUAAAUCUGGACCUGGAUCGCCGGCGGCGUCUGUCUGGGGGCAACCUCAUUAUAAGCAGUCUGGACCGUUACCAGGAUGUAGGGAUGUACCAGUGUAUGGCCUACAACACUGUAGGAGCAAUCCUCAGCAGGAGAGCGAGUCUGCAGUUUGCCUACUUAGAUCAUUUCAAAGUCCACACCAGAAGCGCGGUGUCAGUCCGAGAGGGACAAGGAGUGGUGUUGCUUUGUGGAACGCCCACUUCCUCAGGAGACCUUACUUAUGCAUGGGUCUUCAAUGAGUACCCGUACUUUGUUCAGCAAGACAAUCGACGUUUCGUCUCCCAGCAGACGGGGAACCUUUACAUCUCCAAGGUGGAGCCCUCUGAUGUGGGUAACUACACCUGUGUAGUAAUGAACAGCAUCACAAAGGGCAAAGUUCAUAGCUCACCUACGUCUCUGGUCCUCAGGACAGAUGGAGUGAUGGGUGAAUAUGAGCCGAAAAUAGAAGUUCAUUUCCCAGACAAUGUACCCUCAGCAAAAGGAUCAACAGUUACGCUGGAGUGUUUCGCCCUUGGGAACCCUGUACCAGAGAUCACCUGGAAGAGGGCAAACGGAGUUCCCUUCCCCAGCAAAGUCAAAAUGAAGUACUCCAACGCUGUGCUAGAGAUCCCCAGCUUCCAGCAGGAUGAUACAGGAGCGUACGAGUGUGUGGCCGAGAACAAGAUGGGCAAGAACACAGCCACUGGUCGGCUGGCAUUCUAUGCCAAGCCUCAAUGGAUCCAGACCAUGAAGGACACAGCCCUGGCCAUAGAGGAGAGACUAUACUGGGAGUGUCGAGCCAAUGGCAAGCCCAAACCUUCCUACAUGUGGCUGAAGAAUGGCCAACAGCUGCUCUCAGAGGACAGAAUCCGUGUGGAGGACGGAGUGCUGUCAGUGUCAGUGCUGACACUAUCUGACGCGGGCAUGUACCAGUGUGUGGCUGAGAAUAAACACGGUGUCAUAUAUUUUGCUGCUGAACUAAUGGUUUUAGCUUCUCCACCAGACUUCACAGGGAACGUCCUCAGAGCUUUGCUCAAAGCCAAGGCAGGAAGUACAGUGACUUUAGAGUGUAAACCCCAGGCCUAUCCUAUCGCCAGCAUUUUGUGGAAGAAAGGAAACCUGCCUAUCCACACCAAUGACAGGAUCACGCUUUCCCCAGAUGGAACGCUGAGGCUUGCCAAUGUGAGCAAGUCUGAUGCUGGCAGCUAUACGUGCUUUGCUAGGAAUAGAUUUGGCAUGUCUAGUACAACUGGAAGGCUCCUUGUUACCGAUCCAACCAGAAUCAUCCAGGGGCCAGUGGACAUGGAGAUCAUUGUGGGCGAGAGCAUCGUGUUACCCUGUCAGGUCAUUAGUGACCCCGUCCUUGAUGUUUCUUUCUCCUGGGCCUUCAAUGGACAGCUCAUCGCCAAGGGGGACGGUCACUUUGAGCUAGUGGGUGGGAGAACAGCAGGAGAUCUUAUGAUCAGGAACAUUCAGCUUUACCAUGAUGGCAAAUAUAUCUGUGUGGUGGACACGGAUGUGGAGAGCCUGUCAGCUGUAGCUGUAUUGAUUGUGAAAGGCGCCCCCAGCCCUCCAGACUCAGUGACAGUGGAGGAGGUGACAGACAGCACAGCCCAGCUGUCCUGGAGCCCCGGCAGAGACAACGGCAGCCCUAUCACCAAUUACCUCAUCCAAACCAGGACUCCUUUCACUGUGGGGUGGCAGAGGGUUAAUACAGUCCCAGAGAUAAUCGAUGGGAACACACUGACAGCUACUGUGGUGGACCUGAACGCCUGGGUGGAGUAUGAGUUUCGGGUUUUGGCCAAAAACAGUGUUGGGGUGGGAGAACCCAGCCCUGUGUCAGUCAAGACCAGGACAGAGGAUGCAGUUCCUGACGCAGCGCCAGGUGAUGUGGGUGGAGGAGGUGGAAGCAGAUCUGAACUGGUCAUCACAUGGGAGCCUGUCCCUGAAGAACUACAGAAUGGUGAAAGCUUUGGUUACAUCAUUGCUUUCCGCGCCUUUGGAGAAGUUAGUUGGACCCACGUGGCCACUUCUGCCCCCGGUGCAUCCCGCUAUGUGUACCGCAACGACAGCAUUGCGCCCUUCUCCCCAUUUCAUGUCAAGGUUGGCACUUACAACAGCAAAGGACAGGGUCCCUUCAGCCCAGUGGUCACCAUCUACUCUGCAGAGAUAGAGCCAAGUGGGAUGCCAGCGGGAGUUUGGGCCAGAAGUGUUUCAGCCUCUGAGAUUGAGGUGAAUUGGCAGGCUCUCUCCUUCACCCCUGAAAGGGUUCUGGGCUAUGAGGUGGUGUACUGGGAAGAUGACACCAAACCAGAGACCAUGGGGAAGGUUAGGGUGCCUUGGAACCAAACCUCAGUCACAGUCAGCGGCUUGACAGGAAACACACAGUAUUUCCUAACAGUCAGCGCCUUCAACACAGCAGGCACCGGCCCAUUCCUCCCUGCAAUCAAUGUCACCACAAAAAAGCCACCACCAGCCCAGCCACCGCUGAAUGUUGAAUGGACCCUUAAUGGCCCUCAGCUGUCUCUUUACUGGGAACCUGUGGUGGCGAUGGAAUCAGAGUCAGAAGUUACAGGAUACCAACUGUCAUACAGGAGACAGAGACACAAAGAGGUAAACACACUCACAACAACCAAUUCAACAGCAGACUUGACCCUCCCCGAGGACGACGAUGAGUACAUCAUCCUCAUUCAGACGCUGAGCGAAGGAGGGUUGGGCCCGUCCUCAGAUCCCAUACGAAUCCACCAACUCAGUAUGAGCGCCCGCGGCUCAAGAGCCUUGAGUGUGGACAGCUCCCCCCUCUUCCUGUUCCUCGCCAUCGCAAUAUCAACAUUCAGGUCAACUUCAUGA